ACAUUUUGCACUUCCCUCCCCAUAUUCCUAAUUUCCCCUCCCUAAAUUCCGAGUUUCCCUCCCCAGCUAAACCUAAAUUUUUCCCUCUCCCAAAUCUGGUUCGACUCCACCCCUCACCAAAAUUCAUUUCCCUUUUCUCUCGUCUCUCCUAUCCUUUCCCGGUCACUGUCUAAUCGAAGGGGCCAGCCGACGUUCUCUUUGUGGAACAGAUUUGUUCCCAAACAGCAUGUCAGUGCCCUUCCUCAAUGAGAUGUUCGUUCUCUCCAAAGGCGGCAUCGAGUUCGAGAUAGACAAAGUCCCCGGGUCUUUUAUCUCUCUCUCCUCUUUCUUUUUGCGAUUCUAAUUUUUCCGCGAUCCCAAAUCAUUUUUGGUUACUGCAAUUUUAGGGAUUUCUUUUGUUUCUUGAAAUUUAAGAAUUUGUUUUCUCGAAUUCGAUUGGUGGUGGAAGGGAUUUUCUAUCAUCUUCAACCAUCAAAUGUAGUUAAUGAAUUGAGAAGAUGGAUUUAUCAUGACUGUAGUUAGGGUUAGGGAUUUAGGAUCAUCAGAAUUCCUCUUAUUGGUAAAUUUUUUUAAAUUUUAUUUGUAAUUUCUUUAGGGGCAUUCCAUUUUGAUCAAGUCAUUUUUUUUUUUAAUUCAAUAGUUAGAGUAAUGCUAUCUCCUUAGUGUGUUAAUUAUAUUUAGGAUUAAUUCCACAUACCUCAGUGUUGAAUAUAAUUUGUGUUUGAGUUUAAUUAUCUAAUGUAUGGUAAUCUUUGUUAAAAAAAAAAAAAUUGCUUGGUUAAUCUGUGCUACUGCCGCAUUUUCAUCUUGUACUGCAAAAUCUAUUAUUAUAGAAGAUCUAAGUGGACGCUCUCUAUGUAGUAGUUCUAAUAAAUUUAAUUGGUAGAUGGAAAUCAUUAUACUUCUUUUUCUAUGUGAAACUUGAUCUUUAUCAUCCUGUCUGCA